AAAGAUGAAACCUUCUGUGUGACAAAUCUAUUUGUUUAUCUGUGUGCAUAUAUAAAAUGCCAUGAGGAGCAUCAGCAGCGGUAGUGGUGCACGUGAAGCCCUGAUGUUUACACACAUGCUUGUCAACAAGAAGAAGCUAACUAUGUCGCCAUGCAAAGGGUGAUGCUAUGUCAGAGGUCCUCACUUUAGAUGCUAUUUUGUUUGGGCUCUUGGUCUUUUCUGGCAUCCUGGGAAACAUCCUGGUCAUCCAUGUGGUGUUUCAGUCAGCUGUUGAGACUCCGUCUCAGAGACUCCCUCCCUCUGACACAAUUUUGGUGCACCUGUCUCUGGCCAACCUGCUGACCUCUAUUUUCCGCACAGUACCUAUCUUUGUGUCAGACCUGGGCUUGGAUGUGUCUCUGUCUCCAGGCUGGUGCCGAAUCUUCAUGCUGCUGUGGGUGUGGUGGCGAGGCGUGAGCUGUUGGGUGACUCUAACACUUAGCGUCUUCCACUACACCACCCUGAGGAGACAGCACAUGGCCUUUGGACCUCUCACACAGCAGAGGGAGAGGCGGCGGGUCUGGAUCAUUCUGGGGCUUGUGUGGGGGGCAAACCUGGCCUUCUCAAUACCAGCUCUGGUAUAUAGCACUCAGGUUCAGGGCAACAUCACUGUGGAGCUGAUGGUGAUCAGCUGCGCCACUAGGCCUCUACUGGGCUGCGUCUGGGAGUUCCCCUCCAACCAACAGGGCUCAGCCUUCGCCUCCUCUUCGCUUGCAAUUAAUGAGGUGUUGCCACUGGUGCUGAUGGUUUGCACCAAUUUAGCCACACUUCAUGCUCUGGCAAAACACAUCCGAGCUGUUACCUCAGGGGCAGAGUCAGGAGGAAUCCAUGGGGAGCUGGACAAACAUGUGUCCACUGAACGCAAAGCAGUUCAUGUAAUCAUGACGCUGGUGUUGCUCUUCGUGAUCUGCUGGGCGUUACAGGUUGCUGCAGUGACAUACUACAACUAUGAUAGGGGACAACACGCUAAAGGGUUACUAGCUGUGGCUCAAUUCUCUGCUUCGCUGUUUGUAGGAUUCAGUCCCAUGGUGGUGGCCCUGGGACAUGGCAAGCUAAGGAGGAGAAUCAUGAGUAUGAUCCUGAUGCGGUUUAAAGUUCUUAAAUGUCACAGGGAAGACACUGAAGAAGUGGGUAAAUCCCCAAAGACUAAAAGAAAGAAAGGGAAACUAACUGUUUUUAGUGUUCAAAAAGAGAGGAAUAAGGUCAUAAAAGUGAAGGACAAAGUUAAGGCAAACAAAUGAUGGAAAGUGUGACUGCAUUGAUACUAAAGUACUGAAAAAAUACUAAAAUGUAUACCCAAAUUAGCACGGAUGUAUCAUUCAUUUGAAUCCAGAGGCACCAUACUGCAUGUUUCCUCUGGACAGAACUGUUUAUUUAUGCUUAUUUUGAGAUAUGUCAAGCUAUUUAAUGCAAGUCAAACUGAAACACAGUAUGUUAUAAUUCAGAAAUAAUUACAGUGCAAUCAAGCAGGUGAUUUGAUUUUGUUUUAUUGUUGAAACAAUUUCAUCCAAUCCAAUGUAUCAUUGAUUCUUUGUUGUUUCUUUUGAACUGAGAAGAUCCUAUUCUAAUCCUUUGAGUUUAAGCUAGCAUCACAUCCAAUGUAUCACUAGGCUUUAGGAGCCUACAAAAAAAACUUUCCAAGUGAACGCUUCCAAAUAAAAUGUAGCGCUAAAUGAAGUGCUUUUGGUAGAUUUUUUUAAAUUUUUUUUAUUUUGACCAUUUGUUUAGACU